AUGGCUCCCGCGUGGGCAGCAGCCACAGCGCUGAGAAUCCAUCACAUCACCAACAAUGUAGCGGAAAUUGUGGGUCUCCGCAGGCUGUUGGCGUACGCGUGGGAAAAGAAAUGGACCAAAUGGCACGUGGUUGGCGAUAGUGCUCUGGUGCUGGGCAUGACGGAGCAGCGGAGAAGCCCGAAACCAACCAAGUUGAUACAGCACGACAAGGUGGUAGAUUGGCUAGCAAAUCUGGCUAUGGAUCGGGGAAGAAGUUACAUGACGUCUACUGAAGAGGGAAUGUUAGCUGCUCCGAUUGUGGUGGGACUGAAACAGCUCCUAUGUUACGUGGGGAAGGAGAAGACUGCGGACUCGAAGAUUACAGAGAAGAGUCGUGACACUGACAAGAAUGUAUUCGCCUGGUCAGAAUGGCUAGUAGAGUUCAUCCCAAUGGUGGGAAAGUAA